AUGGGCGACAAGAAGAAGCCGAAGCAGAUUGACUUUAUCGUCAGCACCGGCAAUCCUAACGACAAGUCCCAAGCGGCGAACAAGAAGCGCGUGCGGUCUGUAGCUGCCCUCAAAUCAUGGCCGGAACGCAGGAAAAAGAUGUUCGAGCAGCUUGAGACCUCUGGCAGUGGCCAAGGUGCUUUUCUCGUCGAGCCGGAGCCAAAACGAAAGGCUACAUCGACCCCGAAACAAUCGCAGCCCGAACCCAUUGCAGCCGGGCCGUUAACGGCUAGGAGCCAGUCACCAGCUGUAGCACCUGGUCCGGCUCUUCUACCGGCAACACCUCCUCCUACAGAACCAACAUACAUUGGCCUUGGAGCUGGAUCCUCAAUAGCGCUCUACCAUGCAGCUCUCGCAAAAGUUCCCGCGACCAAGGCGGGCGUGUCACAAGUCCAUGCCGUGCAUCCGGACACGCCGUGCCAGUGCCCACAAUGUCGAAUGAAGCGUAGAGUGGCCAACACGAGUCUCGGGUCGGUCACCAGCACGCAGUAUAUCAUUCCAAAGCGUACAAAGCGUAUGGCUGAUGGCACAGAGAAGUCCAUGCCUCGCACUGGAGACCUCGCCAGGAUUACUCCACCGUCUUCACCAGAAUCAUCGCCAUCUAAAGGCCGAAUGGACCCGUUUCAUUGCUACCCUGUAGCAUAUCAGCCUUGGUUCGGCCAUAUCCUCCAUCAUAUGAUGACAGUCUACGCACCACGCGGCUGGCCAGCGUUGAAGAUCUCAGACGAACAAGGUGUAAAGUGGGAGUGGUUCAUGACGCAGAACGCACUUUCGGAGCCUGCGCUCUUUUACGUUCGCCUUUUGUUCGGUUCCGGCGAUAUGAUCAGAUUGGGGACAGUCCGCAGCGAGAUCAUGUAUUGGCUGCGAGCGCAAGCCAUCAAGUGCAUCAACGAGGCACUGACCGACGAGAAGCGUUGCUGCUCUGAUGCCAUUAUUCUGGCAGUCGGUCGAAUAGCGUUGCACGAACACAUGUAUGGUGACAAGUAUGCUUCGGCGUGUGUUCAUCGUCCAGCUCAGAAGCGUAUGAUUGAGAUGCGAGGCGGCAUGAAAGGACUGGACUUCCCAGCAUUGGUCAAGAGAUUGAUGCGUUGGUCCGAUCGGAUCAUGGCUGUGGGCAGUGGCACGGAACGACUGCUGGAGGAUGAUGAGGCGAAUGCCAACUUCUCGCUCAGAGAGAGUGUUGGAGCGAUCGAAAGAUGGGCUCCACACGAAAUGCCAGGUGUGAGGAGCAAGAUCAAGAUUUCCGACCUAGUGAAUGACGAAGACUCAACGUGA